CAGAAACCGAAACUUUUUGCCUCUGCCUUCUGAUGAUAAAGCAAUCUGCAUUGAUUGCGGAAGAGUCCCAAGAAAACCCAAGGAAACAUGAUGAGAUCCAAAUCCCUCUUGAUAGCAAUAUCAAUCGUUCUCUUUGGCGGUGAGGUUGCAGAGCAAGCAAACGCCCAAAGCACCUCCAAUUACUUUAUGCUACAAAACGACAAUGGCUGCAUUGGCAGAAGACGAGACGGCAGCGAUGAUCUUGUGCUCAAAACUUGUGAUCCUACAGAUGAACACAUUUUUUGGAGAUGGGAUGUCAAUCAAUUUCGCUCCUACACGGAUGAUGCCAGUUGUAUGCAGGUGGGACAACUACCCAAAAUAAGUACUGGAACAGGAGCUCUCCAGCGCGGAACUCGCGUCUAUAGCAAACCCUGUGCCAUCGCAGGAAGCGCCCGAGACCCAUUUCAAGCAUUCGAUUUAUUCUUCGAAGGAGGUCCACUAACUUUGAUGGACCGCCCCGACCUCUGUGUCACUCAUUUUGGUGCUGAUCCUAGUGUAGGAGAAUCUCGCAUCAUGAUGAUCCCAUGUGCUGAAUUGAUGGGUGAACGGGCCUUGGGAUGGGCGAUUGUUGCAGUGGACUUUGAAGAGGACUACUUUGUUCUGGAUUCUGAACCAGGAAAUGGCCGGGCUGGCUGCAUGGGACGAAACCUCGAUGGCAGCGAUGAACUUCUGUACAAGACGUGUCGGUCAGAUGACGAUGCCAUUCAAUGGCGAUUUGACAACCAAGGACGGCUCAGAAACAGAGUGGACGAUACAGAAUGCCUGCAAGCUGGUGAAAACAUUCAGGUGUUAGAAGGCACAGAAGCCUUGCGGCGUGGUAGUCGUGUCUUUGUCAAGAAAUGUGCCAGUCCGAACAGCGCCAGAGAAGACUUUCAAAUAAUUGACGAUUCCUGGAACGGGGAAGGUAUCAUGACGUUGGAAGCCAGGCCUGACCUUUGCAUGGUUCACUUUGGAGCAGAGCCUGUAUGGGGGGAGACACGAAUCAUCAUGGUACCAUGCGCUGACCUGGGAGGAGUUCGGUCCAAGGGAUGGGAGGCCACAGAUCCUUGCGACAAUCCGCCAACCUGCAAUUUCCGAGCCUUGAACGCCACAACAGAAGGAACAGAUGAAGGCACAAUUACAAUUAAUCCCGUUGUUGGGAAUGCUACUGGUAAUGGAACGGUGGCUGUUUCCAGGUCUGAGGAUGACGCCACUGGCACCGAGAGCGUCCCAAUCAUUCCUAUCUUCGGCAAUAUUGCGGGCAAUGGUACGGUUGCUAUUUCCAGGGCGGGGUCUUCUCAAACUGAGGAUGACACCAAACCAUCAACUAAGACUUACAGUCAGGAGAAGUAUUAUCCAAUCUUAAUAGAUUGGGAUGAGGAGCCGUGAAGCCCUAGUUGCUUAUGGAGAGUCGAAAGAUGGGUUCUAAUCUGGGUGGAGGCGGAAUAGCCAAAACAAACCGGUGGAUAGGCAACUUUGCUAAAUUCAGGCAUCCACAAACGCAAGGAUGAUCUGCUUCACCGUGCUCCCUGAAAUGGAAGCAUGCUCUGACAGGUACCAACCAAAUGAUUCAUAAGAGUAGAUAACAAACAACUGUUCUUUAGUAAAGAUAUAUUUGUGUACUUCACCGCGCG